AAAAAACUCGACAUGUUUUUAUAAGGUUUCUUUUUCACAAAUAAUUAGUAAAUGUUGACCUUGUGGUUAGUUAGCUACUGGCAAGAAUCAUUUCAUUACUUAAUCAAAUAGCCUAAAUCGACAGAAUGUCAAAAACUCCAGUUUCCCUCAAUAAUUUUUUUGUGUUCAAUUCUUCAUUUUGUGAUCGAGAAGAUGAUGAGCAUCGCAAACUUCUGUAUUAUUAUCCAGAUAAUGUUGAUAUUAAUGCUAAAGCACGUUCUGUUGGACUAUGUGAAGCCCUGAUUAAAUUUACCGAAACUUUUGGAUCAACUUCUUGCGAAGCACUGCACACACAAAAAACGACGCAAGUUUUCCUGCAACCAGAAAAGGAAUUUUGGAUGGUUAUGACUCUAAAUGUUCCGUGCCAACAAAAGGUUAGAGAUGGUCAACCUUAUAUGGAAUACUUCAGUGAUGAAAUACAAGACCAUAUCUAUCAAUCCCUAUUAUUAAAAGCAUAUAGGAUGUUUACUUUGAUCAAUGGCACUUUUCAUGACAUAGUGGAAAAGGAAAUGGAUGGCAUUUUAACUUUAAAGAAGAGCUUAUGUCAAUUUUUUGAUUCAUACUUGGUGAGUUUAAAAUCAAACGAUGCCGAUCUUCUUGACAUUUUUCAAGGAAUUCAUUUUUUACCCCUUGAGCGCUAUUCCUUCCUCAAAAUUCUGUGCUUUAUUAAUCAAGUGGAAGAAAAAUUUAGGUGCAUAAGAUACCCAAUAUUUCUUUACAAUGAUCAGUUAGUUUGGAGUGGUCUGGAACCUGAUGACAUGCAAAUUUUAUAUCAGCAUCUUUCUUCUGACCUUAUUCCUUCAUUUAUUGAUUCAGAAUUGAAAGGUGGUAUAUAUUCUCCUUCAAGAAUGAGCCCAAUGGGAUCGGGAAUGCAUUUUGGACGAUUCAUGACUGGUCCUAAAACGAUAGACGAUGUUAGUGGACUGAAAAACACUCCCAAGAUUUAUUUGAAUGGUGGGAAAAUUGGUUGCUAUCUUAUAUCCUAUCGAGCUCUCAAUGCUACAUUUUGCCUUCUAUUGGAUGAUACUUUUCCAUUGCACUUGGAACUUUUUAAAAGUUUGGAUGCAGAAAUAGGACAGCAGCUAUCAAACUUGGCAUCCGAGAUUGGUGAACAAUAUUCCAAGACUAUAACAAAUUUAAAUAAUGAGCAACAGGCAAAGGUUAUGUACAUGUAUUUUAAUCACAUGAACUUGGCAGAGAAAACUACAAUCCAUGCAGAUAUGAAGAAAUCUGGGCAUUCCCUUGUAUCAAGUGACAUAAUGAAAUUAUUUGCUGAUGUUUACUCUGAUUUGUCAAAAAUGAAAGAUUUUGGAGAAAUAAUGGGUAAAACGGUUAGCGAUUGCUGGAUAGCUGGCAAAUUGUCUGAUGAACGAGAAUUAUAUGUUGUUGUACAACAGAAGAAUGCUAAUAUUGUUGAAGUGAAUGAAGAGCUGAAGAAGCUUAGUACUUCACAGUUUCAAAACAUCUUCAUCUGGGACUAAUAGAAAGAAAAAGUAUCAUAUUGAAAACAUAAUGAUUGUGAUAACCAUGUAAAUAUCUUCGUACAUGUUUGUAAUAUAUAUUGUAUGUAUAUAGAAUGAGUUGGAUUUUUUUUUUUUUUUUGUCUGUAUAUAUUAAUAAUGUAUAUAAUACUGAUAAAUAAAUAGA